AAAACAAAUCAAAUUUCCAUGUAACUAUAUAACAUUAGAUCAUUCAAAAUUAUACUGAUAAUUCUGUCCAUGGGCCAAGAACAGUUCUUGAAGUUCAAAAUAACAUCUCCUGACCUUCCAAUUCUUAAACCAAGAUACCUUUCUGUGUGUACACUCCGCUUUUUGUUUUUUGUUGUCGAAGUGUUUCUGGUCUACAAAAUACCCUACAAAACACCCAGGAAAAUGUUACUACCUUUAGCUCUACUCUUAGUCAUAGGAUCGUUUCCUGCUACUGUAGAGGCAAAUAAGCACAGAGCAUUAAGAUUUGGUCAAAGCAGGGCCGACUAUAUAGAGUGGUCUCCGAACAUGGCCCCUUUUAAAAGGCAGUUCUCUGUCUGUACGUGGCUAAAGAAGAGACAUCAGUCUUCAGCUCCAAUGGUUGUGAACUACAAUCCUUACGAGUACGGGAUGAUAUUAGGUGAUAACGGUUAUUAUAACCUAGUGGUAGGUUCUGAUUUUUUUCUGAGCGAGUACAACGUGCCUGAUGGAGAAUGGUUUCACGUCUGCUGGUUGUGGAGUGCAUCUAGUUACACCACUACAGUCUACCUAAACGGAGAGAUUAUAGGAUCUACAGCUACUCAUCAGAGGGAGCUGAGAACAGGAGGAACAAUGUGUCUUGGUAACUAUGCUGCGAGUAAGGAAUCUAGAUACGCUUUCGGUGGUGACUUGUUCAAGUUGAACCUAUACAGUAGAGUUUUAACAGACACUGAAAUCCGAAACAUGGCCUCUGAUAUAUGUUCUAACGAGGAGGAGAAUCUAAACUCGAUAAGAAGUCUUAGGUGGGAAAGUAUAAUAUUACAGGAGAGAAGUGGCUCUGUGACUGAGAUAACUGGAUGUUCUCCUGAAGAGAUUGAAGCUGGAAGGCGGGCUGGAAUGCUGAGGCUCAUUAAAGAAAGACUAGAGACAUUUGGGAGUAGGUUAAAGAACACCGAGCAGGAGUUGGCAAGAACAAAGACUAAUUUGAUACAAUCUGAUAAAAAGUUAAAGAAUGUUACCGCAUCCCUCACAGCAACUCAAGAAAAGCUAAAGAACUCUGAGCAAGAGCUAGCAGAGACUAAGUCUAAUCUUAAUCAACAAUUAGAAAAUGUUAUCACCUCCCUGACAGGUACCCAGAAUAAGCUUAACGACACUGAGCAAGAGCUAGCCGAGACUAAGUCUACUCUGGAUCAACGACUAAAUCAAACCGAGGAUAAGUUGGAGAAUGUAACCACAUCUCUCAAAACCACCCAAGAAAAGCUUAAGAACUCUGAGCAAGAUCUAGCAGAGACAAAAUCUACCCUGAAGGUAUUUGAAGAGAAGUUAGGAAGUUUUAACUUCUCCCUCGCAAGCACACAAAAUGAGGUUUCCAACACCCAACUUGAGCUUACAGCGACAAAAAAUAGUUUUACACAGCAAUUAGAAAGUGUCACCGUGUCCCUGAACCAUACCCAAGAGGAGCUGGAAGCAGCUACAAAGAACAAAGUCCGCAGCAAGUGGGACGUGCUUUUCUCGGACAGGUUUUUCAACAAGCAACUUACUAGGGAGAUGUCUCAAGAACUCAAAUCAGCAUGGGAUGUUUUAGAUCUGUUUUUAGGAGCAAACAUAACAGAACCAGUUAUCGAACACUUAAAGCAACAGCACGAGCCUAGAGUAAUGGUCUGUGCGAACCCCAGAAACUGAGAAUAUUCUUUAAAUGCUUCAGAAG